AUGCGGUUCGAUAUAGACGGGUCCAAUGAGAAGGCCCAGCAUGCCUACAAUGACACGAAUGGCAUGGGUGAGCACCAGCUGGGCUAUGACCCAGAUCUGGCCCAUCCAGCUGCCGGCUACAGAGACGGCGAGGUAGCGAUGCUGCCGCCAGGAGUCUCGGAACGGAAACUCCUCACCAAGAUUGACCUGCGCAUUGUUCCCGUGCUGUCAAUCAUGUAUCUCUUGGCUUUCCUGGAUCGAACCAACGUCGCCAAUGCCGCCAUCUUUGGCCUUCAAAAAGAUCUUGGCCUGAGCGGCACUCAGUACAGCACCGCCCUGACCAUCUUCUUUGUCCCCUACGUAGUCUUUGAGAUCCCAUCAAACAUCAUCCUCAAGAGACUCCGGCCCCAUGUCUGGCUGUCCAUCUGCAUGUUUGGCUUUGGCCUGGUUACCAUUUGUCAAGGUCUAGUCCAAGGAUACGGCGGAUUUCUUACCACCAGAUUCUUCCUUGGCUUCUUUGAGACCGGCAUGUUUCCAGGGGCAUUCUAUCUCAUUGGUAUGUGGUACAAGAGACAUGAAGCACAGAAGAGAUAUACAUUUUUCUUUGCUAGUACCACCCUCGCUGGGGCUUUCGGUGGCUUGCUCGCCUCUGCCAUUGGCAAAAUGAACGGCAUGGAAGGCUAUCUCGGUUGGAGAUGGGUUUUCAUCCUGGAAGGUUGUCUUACUUGUGUCGUCUCCUUUGUCUGGUUCUUCGCCAUUCCCGACUUUCCCGAAGAUGCCAAAUGGGUGACAGAGCCCGAGCGCGAGUACAUCAAGGCUCGCCUCCGUGAUGAUCAGGGAAAGUCGGCCCUCGAGCGACGCAUCACAUUCAAGGAUGUUGUCAACUGCUUCAAAGACUACAAGAUCAUCGUAGGCGGGUUCAUGUAUUUUGGCUUGAUUGUGCCCGCCUACAGUUACGCUUACUUUGCUCCCACCAUCAUCAAAACGUACGGAUACAGCGCCAUUGAGACCCAGCUGCACUCGGUCCCUCCGUGGGCGGCGGCGUUUGGAUGGAGUAUGCUCACUGCCGCGAUUUCGGAUCGUCUCCGUCACCGUUUCGCGUUCGCAAUGAUCAACAUUUUCAUUGCCAUUGCAGGCUUUGCGAUACUCAUGACGGAGCACCACAACACCGAUUUGGAGUACGGUGCACUGUUCAUGAUCACGUCAGGGACGUACAGUGCCAUGCCCGUCAUUGUGUGCUGGUUCUCGAUGAACCUUGGGGGUCACCAUCGCCGCGCGGUGGGCACAGCGUGGCAGAUUGGGUUCGGUAAUAUCGGAGGUAUCAUUGCGAGUUACAGCUUCGAGGCGACCGACGCAAAGACUUUCUUCCACAAAGGCUACAGCAUCUGCAUGGGAUUCAUUUGCCUCAGCGCCGUCGCCUGCAUCAUCUACUUCUUGGCUUGCCUGACGCAAAAUCGGAAUAGAGAGAAGUCGCACGAUGUCGGGCUUACAGAGUACGAGAAGACCGAAAUGGGUGAUAUGAGUCCCGAUUACCGCUACAUGCUGUAG